AUGUCAAACAUAAGAGAUGUGUUUUUUCCACCACCUGCACGAGAUAUUCCUGAACAGGAGAUCGAAGACUGUAUUCCGUGCAAUACAGUGCAAGCAUUAGUGGCAAUGGGAGGUGGUCUUUGGCUAGCUUCAGAAAAUCAAUUUAGAGACAAGAGUACAGGGAAAAUAGAUGCAGUGAAAAACCCAUUGUGGUGGCGACGUUCAGUGAGAGGUUUGGGGUUGACAUUGUUUGUUUUGGGCACGUAUAGGGCUUUUGAAGUGUCUCAGGCUAUUUAUCAUGGUCAGUCAAAGAGUACUUGA